UUGCAAUUAAUCUCCUGGGAGCCGCAGCUGCCUUGGAUAGCCUCUCUGGGAAUGUAUGUUGUCCGGAUUCCACGGUAGAUGUAGCAUUGUCAUCGCUUUCGACCCGCACCAACGAAUCAUACAUCGACUGGGUCCUCCCAUUUUGGAAACACAUUCGUAGUGACCUUUGAAUGAUAGUCAGAUCAUCAUGCAGCCCGUCGUCUCUCGCUUGUCAAUCCCGUCGAUGAACUUGGAUAUUCCACUGUGCAUGACCCAAAAAUGACCACUAUCUUGGACAAGAUAAGCAGUUUGAAGGACCGGGCCUUAGAUGCGCACCAGUUUAGCUGGGCCAUGGAGCUGAAGGCUCUAUAUGACACUGCAACAAUGGCCAGUCUUGAGGUGGCUCGGCUGGAGGUCUCCAAGCAGCAAGCGAUUGAUUCAGACGACUACCAGGCGGCACACUACAUCCAGGAUGAUAUUGAUCUCAUUACCGAUGGGCUGACUUCGGAGCUACGUGGGAGAUUGAGUCAACUCGAUUCAACAACAGCAACAGCCUCAGCCUCAAUGCUGAGUCCGCCUCUCCUUCCUCUGCAAGCAGACGAAGGACAAGCCUUUAUUGAACUGGAGCCACAUAGGCCCGACCCAAGGAAUGGUCGUGAAGCACGAGAGUCGACUGAUAUAGGGCAGUCUCGGUCCCCAGCACCGAUGCCGCCUGUGACCCCCGAGCUCCCCAAGGCCCUAUCCAAUUCUCCGAUCGAACCGUCACUACCAGGCGAGCGGGAUACCUCUAGACACUACGGCAAUCAAGGCCGCGAGCACAUGCUAACUGAGAUGCAGAAGGAAGAACUGUCGAUGGCGCUUGAAAUUUAUGGCGAAGAGCAAGUCUCAAAUCUUGUCAGUAAAAAAUUUGCCUUGCGAGAAAGUGCAUUGCAGUACGCAUCUCAACAUCUCGAGGAUAUAUUCAAGCGAUAUGCCGAGUUGGAUCAACGGGCUGCUCCGUCACGAGGAUUGGUCUCAAAGCAGCCCAAGCAACUUGAGACUACAAUAGGGGCAACGUUUCAGUUCGUCCAAGUGGGCAUUCGCGACAGUCGUGAGCGAUCACUUUUGCUCACGCUGAGUUUAUUGGAACAGCUGACACGCAUCUGCGAUAGCCUUGGUGUCUCGACUGGUUACAGUUUCAAGUUCGUCGAGAAGCUCAUACCGACGUUGCUCAUAAAGUGUGCGGAUAUGAAUCCGCGUAUCCAGCAUGCUUGCAGUGAUUUAAUGAUGUCACUGGGUGCAGCAUAUCGCCAAGGAUCAAGUUCGAUAAUGCCUCAGCUCAUGCGUCCUUUCCAGGGCAAAGUAUCCCUCUGGAGAGUUGUAAAGUCACGGCUUGAUCUUGUCCGGAGGAUGCUGCUUGAGUUUGGUCUGGGGAGCACAUCCGAUUCAGCAAGUGGUUUGGAAUUGCAGGCGAUCAUGGGGCUCGUCGUCCCGCAGCUUCACAAUCCAAAUGUCGAAGUCCGGGAAUCGGCGGUCAAACUUAUGGCGGAAAUCAUUGCCAUUGUUGGGGCCGAAGUUGUCGAUCCCUUUCUGUCAUCGAUCAAACCGCAGCUCCUUCGAUCCAUCAAGCUAAAGGCCGAGGCUGCAGCAGGAAGCCUCUCCCUCUCCGGAGUAACUCCACCUAUGCCGUGGACAGAAGACUCAAAGACCCAGACCACUAAUAGCCAGCUGCUUGUUGGCUCCGUCGAGCCCAAAGAGCACAUCCAGCAGCAAAGUCCCGAGCCUGCGGCGAAGGAAGAGCUUGGGGCUAUCGAUCGAACCGAGCCAUCUAAGCUUGCUGAAGGAAACUACAACGCCAAGUCUUGGCCUGCAAAUGACAAUUCCAUCACAUCUAAAUCUGAGGUAGCAGGCACUCCAAGCACCCGAAACAUCCAUCUUCACCCACAAGAAACCCCUGUUCAAGCGACCGCAGGCCCCUUCGUCAACGAAGCUGGACCUGAUGAGAGUUUCUCCGAUAGAUGUAUUUUCUGCGAAGAAUACGAUCCAUCCGAGCAAGCGGGUGGACUCGAAGCCCAUUACUGGAGGGACUGCCCGAUGCUCUUUAUCUGCAAUCACUGCAGCGAGCUUGUGGAGAUUUCUGAGCUCGGCGAGCAUCAUCUACGCUACUGUCAGCGCAAACAAGACUUUCAAGUGUGCGCCAAAUGCAAGCAAGUGAUCCUCAGCAGCCAUUUGCCCUUACAUCUAGCCAGCGAUCGAUGCCAUGCUCCCCAAUCCAUAAAUGAAGCUGGAUGUCCGCUAUGUUUCAAGUUAUUGCCUAAUACCGAGCUGGCCUGGAGGGCUCAUCUGGCUUGCUGCACCAAGAACGCCCGCGCUCGCACUGGCCCUCAACCCGAUAAACAGCCGCUCAGCCCAUAUCGAUGGAUCGUCAAUGCUUUGUAUUCCUUUCUGGACAGUAUUUGGUUGAUAGGCAACAAUAUGAUUGCUCGUGCACCAAUGUAUUCGGCUACUUGGCUGUGACACUUUGACGAUUCACCUGACUCAAAUGUAAUGGCGGAUGGCACCGGCGAAGGGAAAUGUAUAUCCUGCUCCUGAGACCACUGAUCGCUGGUUUAAGGAACUUGA